CGGCGGCGACUGCCCCCGGCGAAGCGGAGCUAACAAGUAUACAUUGCAGUGUACUAAAAGCUUCCUCACAAACCCUAAAUCCCUCUCGUUUCUCUGUGAAGCCUCAACCAUGGCUUCUCGCAGACUCGCAUCAACAUUUCUCCGAUCCUCCCUCCGCCGAUCCACCUCCUCCAAGUCCCCCUUCUCAGCCCCCAGAGCUCCUUCUCCCUCCCCCGCAUCCCACCGCCCCUCCCCCUAUGGCUACCUCCUCUCUCGCGCCGCGGAGUACGCCACCUCCGCCGCCGCCUCCGCCGCCCCCUCUGCACCGCCUGCCCCACCUAAGAAGGAAGGCGGCAGGGGGAAGAUCACCGACGAGUUCACCGGGGCUGGCGCGAUCGGGCAGGUGUGCCAGGUCAUUGGUGCCGUCGUCGAUGUGAGGUUCGACGAUGGCCUGCCACCGAUCCUCACUGCCCUCGAGGUGCAGGACCACUCGAUCAGGCUGGUGCUCGAGGUGGCCCAGCACUUGGGAGAGAAUGUGGUCAGGACCAUUGCUAUGGACGGGACCGAGGGGCUCGUCCGAGGUCAGCCCGUGCUCAACACCGGGUCUCCUAUCACUGUGCCUGUGGGUAGGGCCACUCUUGGCCGUAUCGUGAAUGUCAUUGGAGAGCCUAUUGAUGAGAGAGGCGAACUCAAGACCGACCAUUAUUUACCCAUCCAUAGAGAGGCUCCUGCCUUUGUUGAGCAAGCAACCGAACAGCAAAUCCUCGUUACUGGCAUUAAGGUUGUUGACCUCCUUGCACCCUACCAAAGAGGUGGCAAGAUUGGGCUGUUUGGGGGUGCUGGUGUUGGGAAGACUGUGCUUAUUAUGGAGCUUAUCAACAAUGUUGCUAAAGCUCAUGGUGGGUUCUCUGUGUUUGCUGGAGUUGGGGAGCGUACUCGUGAGGGCAAUGACUUAUACAGGGAAAUGAUGGAGAGUGGUGUCAUCAAGCUAGGUGACAAGCAGGCUGAAAGCAAAUGUGCCCUUGUUUAUGGCCAAAUGAAUGAGCCUCCGGGUGCCCGUGCCCGUGUUGGUCUAACUGGGCUGACUGUCGCUGAGCACUUUAGAGAUGCUGAAGGGCAGGACGUGCUUCUUUUCAUCGACAACAUUUUCCGUUUUACCCAGGCUAACUCAGAGGUGUCUGCUCUGUUGGGUCGUAUCCCUUCUGCUGUCGGAUACCAACCCACUUUGGCUACUGAUCUUGGAGGCCUUCAGGAGCGUAUCACUACAACAAAGAAAGGUUCAAUCACAUCAGUGCAGGCUAUUUAUGUGCCCGCUGAUGACUUGACUGACCCUGCUCCUGCUACCACUUUUGCUCACUUGGAUGCCACAACUGUGUUGUCUCGGCAGAUUUCAGAGCUGGGAAUUUACCCUGCCGUGGAUCCACUAGAUUCCACUUCCCGUAUGCUGUCCCCCCACAUUUUGGGGGAGGACCACUACAACACUGCCCGUGGAGUUCAGAAGGUCCUUCAGAACUACAAGAACCUUCAAGAUAUCAUUGCCAUUCUGGGUAUGGACGAACUCAGUGAAGACGACAAACUUACAGUGGCUCGUGCUCGUAAGAUUCAGCGUUUCCUGAGCCAGCCUUUCCAUGUUGCUGAGGUCUUCACGGGUGCUCCUGGGAAGUAUGUGGAGUUGAAGGAGAGCAUCAACAGUUUCCAGGGAGUAUUGGACGGGAAGUACGAUGAUCUUCCAGAACAAUCGUUUUACAUGGUUGGAGGAAUUGAGGAGGUCAUUGCCAAGGCAGAGAAGAUCGCCAAGGAAUCUGCCUCUUAAAUCAAGAUCCUCUCCCCCUGGCCUCUUCUAGUUCAGUCUGUCUCGACAAUUGCGACAAAAUCAAUAAUUCGGGUGUUGUUACCCUGUGAGAGGAUUUGCUUUGGUUCCUUUUUUGUCAGAUCAGAUACUUCAGGAUGUCUCCUUGCCUUUCCUGAGUCUAAUUAUGGAAAGGAAAUGGAGUUGAAGGGCUUCAGCUACCAUGCCUCUUCUCUUAGUGCUGUCCUCAUGAGGAUAUUGUUGAACGAGGUGGUGGCAUGUACAUUUUUAUUUUUUGGGUUUUGAUGUCCUUGGCACAUUGGAUGCUCCGACAUUGCAAAGACAAAUUUUCCAAAGUAUAUUUUGAUCCAUAUUAUGUGCUUUUGCAUCAACAAUAA